AUGGCGGCGUCUCGCGCUGAAGUGGCGGCGCUCUACAUUCACCCCGUCAAGUCGUGCGCGCCGGUGCAGCUGGACGCGGCGUCGCUCGACCGGCUGGGCUUCGUGGACGACCGGCGGCUGAUGGUCGUGAGUGCCGAGCCGCUCGGCGGCAACCACUCCUUUGUCACGCAGCGGCAGGAGCCGCGGCUCUGCCUGGUGAGGGCCGAGCUCAGCGCAGAGGUAGUGCGCCUCUCGGCGCCGGGGAAGCCGCUUCUCGCCGUGCCGCUGCGACCGCCGCACCCGCAGUCCGAGCUGCGCGUGCGCGUCUGGUCCGACACCGGCCUGCGAGCCGUCGACCUCGGCGAGGCGGCGGCCGCAUGGCUCUCCUCCUUCCUCGGCGCCGACGAGGAGCCCCACCGGCGGGUGCUUGAGCGAGGGCCCCCCGUCUGGGACGAGGAGGCGGUGCGGGAGGCGGAGAGGGCCGAGGCGAGGGCCGAGGCGAGCAGCGCGGCCGAGGAGGCGGCGGCGGUCAAGGAGGGGGCUCGGUUCAUAUGA